ACCCGGUCACACGUCAGGUACCAUUGAGAGAGAGUUCGAUGCGUUGCAUUUCCGUCUGCACAGUGGUCCCGUGAAGAUCGAGAGAUGAUCGCUUAUCCGUAUUACGUCUAUUUGAAGUACAUCGCUUUCGCGAUAGUCGCUUUGUCUUUCCCCGUCGUAGGACUCGUCCUGCUGAAGCUGAUCCAGAAAGUGAGCGCCGGUAGGUGCAGGAGUUUGGUGUGUCUCAGCGGCAAAACGGUCAUCAUCACCGGGGGUUGUUCAGGUCUAGGCCUCCAGACGGCGCUAGUGUUGGCUUCCAGAGGCGCGCGGAUCAUCCUAGCCGAUAAAAAAGACGGCAAGGCGGCCAAAAGCAAAAUAGUCGAGAAAACACGCAACACCAACGUGGUGGCCAAGCACCUGGACCUGGGAUGUCUGGAUUCGGUGCGGAAAUUCGCGAACGACAUCAACGCCACCGAGGAAAGGCUGGACGUGCUGAUAAACAACGCGGGGGUCGGUACCGCCGGCAACCAACACACCGAAGAUGGUCUCCACGUCACCAUGCAGAUCAACCACUUUGGACCUUUCCUGCUGACGUAUCUGCUUACCGAUUUGCUGAAGAAAUCUUCGCCGAGCAGAAUCAUCUUCGUGAGUUCGGCCGCAGCCUUCAUCAGCAACCUCUCGCUGGAUAACCUGAACUACCCUCAAGGGCUGUCGCCGACGUUGCUACGCACGACGCUGAUUUACGCCAACUCGAAGCUCUGCAACGUGAUCGCCGCCAAUGGCUUCGCCGAACGGUUGAAGGACAGCGGCGUCACUUGCAACUCCCUCCACCCUGGUCUCGUCAACUCCAGCAUUUACCUCAAAUCGGCCAAGUUCGUGGGGUUAAAAUCGCUCGCACUUUUGUUCAGGGCGGUUGUCCUGUUUGCCUACGGAAAGACCGUAGAAGAGGGAGCACAAACGACGCUCCAGCUAGCUUUGUCGAAUAAACUAAAAGACGUCACGGGGAAGCAUUUCUGGGACGGCCGGGUGUUCCCGAUGCCCCCUGGUGCCUGGAACAAGAAAUUCGUCGACGACAUCUGGACGAGAACAGAGGAAUUGGUCAAGUUGCGUCCGGAGGAAAAAAUCAAAGGCGAAUGAUAAGCUAGCAGCUAGCGCUAGUAGGUUUUUAUAGGGCGCCACGAGGGGGCGGGGUCGGGAUAAUGUAGCGAACAGUGGCGAGUAAAAUUGUACCUUAU